UGUGUGUUUACUACUGAGUCUUUACAGGAGAAAGAGAAGAGCACAUAAAGCUCUGUCCCAAACAAAAACUCUGCUUUUUAGUUACAGCUGAAAGACCUCCUGCAGCAAUCCAACAUGCCCAAGAGAAAGCAACACAGUGCUGAGGGUGAUGCAAAAGAGGAACCUCAGAGGAGAUCUGCACGGUUAUCUGCAAGACCGGCUCCUCCCAAACCUGAACCCAAGCCAAAAAAGACAGCGAAGAAAGAUAAAGCUGUAAAAGACAAGAAGGAGGAGAAAAAGAGCAAAGGAAAGGGCAAGGAGUCCACAGAUGCUGAAGCUAACGAGGAGAACCACUCGGAAAACGGAGAGGCUAAGAGCAAUGCGGUGGAUGAUGCUUCUGCAGACAAGGAGGGGGCCAAAUCUGAGUAGCACCAUUUCUUUUCACCAGCCCCUAUAUUUCCUGUCCAGCUCUCCCUUGUACCUUGUCCCUUCAGAAGCGCUCCAGUCUCACAUGGUCGACUUGCCCAAAACACCCCCCUUCCGUGUUGGUACGGAGAAUAUUUUUAUCAGUGAUUUUAUAAGUAUCAGUACAGAUUUUUAGCACAAACUGAAGCUGAGCAGAGCAGCUCGCACAUCUGCAGCAUCAAAUUUGUCGAAUCUGUAAGCUCAACAAUGAACACAGUGGUUUUUUUUAAUGCAGUUUCUUCAGUGUUUCUAGUUUGUUGGUUUAGUUUGAGCAGAACUGCUUCUAGUUUUAAAUGCUUUUUUUUUUGUCCUGUUUUGUUUUUAUUUUCACACCGCGUUCAUGUUCUCCUUGUAUCUGAACUAUUAUUCCCGUAUAGUAACGUGAGUUUUCUCCUUUUUUACCUUCUGUAUGUGCAGUGAGUCUCCUCACUUUCUCUUCUACUAGAUUUUUUUUCCACUUUAGUGUAUUGUUCUUAAGAGGAAAAACAUCAAACAUUCCAGAGAUUACAUGGUCUGAUUAUUUUUUUCAACCUUUCCUGCAGUAAAAAACUAUUUUUUUUAAAUUGAGAACAAGAAAAUGAAGAGCAGGUCAUCAAAACCAAUGCGAUUAUGAUAUUUUCUAAAUGUUUUUAGAAUGAGGCUAUUGAACUAAUAGGAGAACUAAUAUGGAAGUGUGCAGGUGUCCAUGUACUUGAUCUAAUGUUCUGGAUGUCUCAAUAAAGAAAAUCUUGGAAUUUCCUCA